GAGGUUCAGGGAGCUGAAGCUCAACCACAACGCAGACGGCGACGUAGCCAACCCUGUUCUUUAGUUAUAGUUGGAAGCAGCCAAAUCCGGCUCGCUCAAAGCACAGCUGCAAAACAAAAGUCACUUAACGCGCAACCCUCUGAUUGUUAUUGUUUUGUAAUGGCGGACGAAAAUCAGAAUGAUAUGAAGGACGAGGUGGCAGAUCAGCUUGCUCCUUUUGAUCCUACUAAAAAGAAGAAGAAGAAGAAGGUUGCAAUACAGGAUUCUGCAGAUGAUUCUGUGGACAAUUUGGCUGAUAAAACUGAGGCACUGUCAGUCAACGAAGGGAUUGAAAGUACUUUUGCUGGUUUGAAAAAGAAGAAGAAGAAGCCAGUUGAAACCAAUAUAUUGAAUGAGGAGAGUGGGGAUGCAGGAGAAGAUUUUGAUGAUCAUGUGGGGGAGGAGGAAGAAGGAGACAGGGCUAUACCUCAACAACUUUAUCCAUGGGAAGGAAGUGAUCGUGAUUAUGAAUAUGAGGAGCUUCUUGGUAGGGUCUUUAACAUUCUCCGAGAGAAUAAUCCUGAACUCGCAGGGGAUAGGCGUAGAACUGUUAUGAGACCUCCUCAAGUUCUUCGUGAGGGAACAAAGAAAACUGUUUUUGUUAAUUUCAUGGAUCUCUGCAAGACCAUGCACCGGCAGCCAGACCAUGUAAUGGCAUUUUUGCUUGCUGAACUGGGUACAAGUGGAUCGCUUGAUGGACAACAAAGAUUGGUUGUGAAAGGAAGAUUUGCUCCCAAGAAUUUUGAAGGAAUACUUCGUCGUUAUGUUAAUGAAUAUGUUAUUUGCCUUGGGUGCAAAAGUCCUGACACGAUACUUUCAAAGGAAAAUCGUCUCUUCUUCCUCAGAUGUGAGAAGUGUGGGUCUGGACGAUCGGUUGCUCCAAUCAAAGCUGGUUUUGUUGCUCGUGUUGGCCGUAGGAACACAGGUACCUAAGCUUUUUAGUCUAUGUUAUACCUCACCUGGCAAAGCAUCAAAAGUGUGCCACAUGGAAUUUUCUGUUUAUUAUAUUGGUUGUACAUUUUUGUGGUCUGCGAAUGGGAAAAAUUCACUCUCCGUCAGGAGCUCAUUCACUCUUUGAAUGAGCUAAUACUGCAUAAAGUUAGAAGCCUAUUGUUGUCUAUUUAUUUUCUUUUUAGGGUGGGGUUUUGAUGAUGAAAACAGAGAUGAUAUGUUAUUGUAUUUUUGCCAAAUGAUGAAUGAUCUUAUUCAGAGUUCAAUGUAAUGUUAGUCUAGCAGACAUUGACCAACAUUGAUUAAUUUGUGCUCUUUAAGACAA